UGGAAGGUUUAUACCUCGAAGGGCACCAGCGUCACCAGGAAGAAAACCUUCAAAGAAGUGGCCAACGCGGUGAAGUUCUCAGCCAAGCUGAUGGUCCAAGUGAUGGCGCGUCGCGUCAAGGCCACCAUCCUGUACGCCACCGAGACGGGCAAGUCCCGCACCUACGCCUGGAACCUGGGCGAGCUGUUCCGGCGCGCCUUCGACCCCAAGGUGCUCUGCAUGGACGAGUACGACAUCGUCAGCCUGGAGCAUGAGACCCUGGUACUGGUCGUGACCAGCACCUUCGGCAACGGCGACCCGCCGGAGAGUGGGGAGAGCUUUGCCAAGGCACUGAUGGAGAUGUCCUGCCCCUAUGUCAGCUCCACGCAGCCCGAGCAACAAAAGAGCUACAAGAUCCGGUUCAACAGCGUCUCGCAGAGUGACGGGCUCGUGGCCUCGUGGAAGAAGAAGCGGAAGCAGUCGAGCAACACGGAUAGCGCCGGGGCUCUGGGCACGCUCCGGUUCUCGGUCUUCGGGCUGGGCUCCCGGGCCUACCCCCACUUCUGUGCCUUCGCCCACGCCGUGGACACGCGGCUGGAGGAGCUGGGGGGCGAGCGCAUCCUGGCCAUGGGGGAGGGCGACGAGCUGUGUGCCCAGGAGGAGGCCUUCCGCACCUGGGCCAAACACGUCUUUCAGGCUGCCUGCGACACCUUCUGUGUUGGGGACGACGCCGAGGAGGCUGCCAGGGAGAUUUUCACCACGCGGCAAAGCUGGAAGCGCCAGAAAUACCAGCUGAGCGUCCGUGACAACCCCCUGGACACGCUGACAGGUUUAUCCCACGUGCACAAGCGCAGGGUGUUUCCCUGCCGUGUCCUUUCCGUGCAGAACCUGCAGAGCAAGGAGUCCAGCCGCGCCACCAUCCUGGUGCGCCUGGACACGGCCGGGCAGCCGGAGCUGCAGUACCUGCCCGGGGACCACGUGGGCAUCUUCCCCGCCAACCGCCCGGAGCUGGUGCAGGAGCUGCUGGAGCGCGUGGAGGACCCGCCCCCUGACGAGGAGCCGGUGGCCGUGGAGUUCCUGGAGACGGCGACCAGUGGCGGGCGCGCCAGCCCCAAGGCCAGCUGGGUGCCCCUCAGCCGCCUGCCGCCCUGCACCCUGCGCCAGGCCCUCACCUUCUUCCUGGACAUCACCACCCCGCCCAGCCCCCAGCUCCUGCAGCUGCUGGCCACGCUGGCCGAGGACGGCGCCGAGCGGGAGCAGCUGCAGCGGCUCAGCCAGGACGCCCGGCAAUACGAGGAGUGGAAGUGGUUCCAGUGCCCCACGCUGGGCCAGGUGCUGGAGCAGUUCCCCUCGCUGGCGCUGCCCGCCUCCCUGCUGCUCACCCAGCUGCCUCUGCUGCAACCGCGUUACUACUCGGUCAGCUCCGCACCCAGCGCCCACCCCGGCCAGAUCCACCUCACCGUGGCCGUGCUGGCCUACCACAGCCAGGACGGCCAGGGGCCCCUGCACUUCGGCGUCUGUUCCACCUGGCUGGCCCAGCUGCAGGAGGGGGACACGGUGCCCGCCUUCAUCAGAGGGGCCCCGUCCUUCCGGCUCCCGCAGGACCCCAGCGUCCCCUGUAUCCUGGUGGGUCCAGGCACCGGCAUCGCCCCCUUCCGGGGCUUCUGGCAGCAGCGGCUGCACGACAUGGAGACGGAAGGCCUCCGGGUGGGCGAGAUGACCCUGGUGUUUGGCUGCCGCUGCGCCCGCCUCGACCACCUCUACCAGCAGGAGGCGCUGGAGGCCCAGCAGAAGGGGGCGCUGAGCCGGGUGCUGACGGCCUUCUCCAGGGACCCCGACGUCCCCAAGGCCUACGUGCAGGACAUCCUGCGGACGCAGCUGGUGGGCGACGUGUACCAGGUGCUGUGCCAGCGCGGGGGCCACCUCUACGUCUGUGGGGACGUCACCAUGGCCACCGGCGUCCUGCAGACGGUGCAGCAGAUCCUGGCCCAGGAGGGAGGCAUGACGCUGGCCGAGGCCGGAGACUUAAUCAGCGAACUCCGG